GAAUUUUCCCAAGAAAUUGGUAGCCAUGCGUGAAGUAAACACGCUAAAACUCUGCUACUCGCAGUGUCUGGCGGUGUCGCACAGUGUCGUAGUAGGAACGCACGGUGUCGGACACUGUGUGACACAGUGUCGUUCAGUGUCAUAGCCGGAAAGCACCCACGGUCAAUAAUAUUGCACAGUAAUAUUGCACAAUAAGUUUGUAUGUUCACUGUUUGGAGCGGUCGCAAUCAGUCAGUCAGGUAGCAUACAGCAAAUCGGUUAAAAUGACAAGCAAUAAGACUACCACGAAAGAUAAAGAAAGAGAGUUUUUACUCGAGUGUAUCGAAUUGUAUAGAGAUUUACCGGCCUUGUGGCAAAUAAAAAAUAAACUUUAUCGUGACCGGGACCAGAAAAAUAUGGCUUAUGAUCUAUUGUUAACCAAGUACAAGGAGAUGUUUCCACAAGCAACAAAGGAAGAUUUAAAAAAAAAAUUUAACAGUUUGAGAACAAACUACCGCAAAGAACUGAAAAAAUAUUUAAAUUCUAUGAAAUCUGGAGGCAGUACAGAUUUAUUAUACAAACCAACGUUGUGGUACUUUCAAGAAAUGAAUUUCUUACAAGAUCAAAAAUUACCAUUAGACUCAGAGUCUUUUAUGGAUACAAUUGCUAUAGCUGAUGGGAAUGAGGAUAAUGAAGAACAAGGAUCUGAAACUCAAUCAUCUAUAAAUGAUAUUCAAGAUUCUAAGCCUAGUCGAAUUCUGACUCACACAAAAAAUACACAUGCAUCUAAAAGGCCAAAGAAAAGUGAACAACUUAUCAAUUUAGCAUAUGAACGCUUAAGUGAAGUAAAAGACGAAUAUCAUUAUUGGGGUAUGGCUUGGGCUGCAGAGUUUCGAAAGAUGGAAAGAACUCAACAAUAUUUUGCUAAGAAAGCAAUUGGAGAGAUUAUACUGGAAGGUCAAUUAGGACUGCUACAUCGUGAUUCUGUACAAAUAAAAAAACCUCCAAAAUUCCCUUAAGAAAAAAAUCGUUGGGACAAGUACAUUGAGGGUACCUUGGUUCCUGACCAUAUCACGAAAAAUGUAGAAAAACUUUCAUAAGAAAAAUUA